CAGCCGCCCCCACCGCCAUUCCAGAUCACGCCCUCGAGCUGCGGCGGCAGUGGUGGCGGCGGGUCCGACUGCUGCGGCUGGACGACAGUCGACGCCGUCCCCUACCUCCCGGCGCAGAUCAGUCCGCCUCCCUGGGUCGCAGUUGAGUAGCGCACGUGCCGCAGCGAUCCCCAUGAUGCGCUGGCCAUCUGAACCAAAUCAAGGCCGACGAGGAGUCUCUAAUGUCCUGUGCGGCAGCCACGGGUCCAUCUUCAGUCGGCGGCGAGCUACGGUGAGGUACACAUGGCGCUGAUAGAUGCAGUGUACAGGGGCGCCGCCGCCAUGGAGCUGGCCACCGGCUUUGCUGCCGCGACGGGCGCUGCCUCCUCUGCUUUGCCAGGGCCCUCCUGCCCUGCGUUUAUCUGCUGCUCCUUGUCAUCAUCUCCGUGGGCAAUGCCCCUGAACCCCAUUCUCCAGCUAUCCGGCAGCGUGCUGGACGUCGUCCUCCUCGACGCGGCCAUCCCCGACGAGCUCUUUUGGUCAGAGGAGGUGGAGCAGCAAGGCCUCCUAUCCUCCAGCGCGUGGACCGACAGCUGUGUCCUCCUGCUCUCCUAGUGUGGUGAGCUUCCCCUCUCUCCCCCCUACCCAGGAUCUGGAUGAUACUUGCAAUUAUGCAGCUAUAUAUGAAACAAAUCAGGUCUUGGUUCAGUUUGUAUGUGUCGAUUUGGUUGAACCUUGACUGAAACCGAAGCAUCACAUUUGGAUGUUCGAUUUUCAUUAGUAUGUACUACUUGUUGGUUCAAGCAAAUUGCUUGAUACAAUUGUAACUAGGGCAUCUCUGUAUGGUUCAAGAACCAGCACAAUCUCUGUACUUUCUGGAAUGUAGGAGAAAACAAAGCACAAAAUGUUUUAAAGAUACACACGCACAGUUCCAGAGAUGAGCAGUAGUGAAGUAUGAAGUUGCACGUUCAGUUAGUAACCAAGCAUGGAAUGUUGCUGUAAAAGGUGUUCAUUUCUUUUACAUACAUGUAUGACCAUAUAUGCAGGCAUCUUCAUCACUAGAUAGUUAACACAUCAAGUAGUGUGCAUC